UUAAUCGAAGAAGAAAACUUCCCUACGAUGGAUUUGGCGCAUGAGCACUUGGUCAAAAACAAUAACGAUUAUUUCCUGACAAGGCAUAUUUUCGGUUGCUUGUACAUUUGUAUUUAGAUACAGGGCGGGACUGCGGUAAAUAAAUAUAGUUGCUCAGCGAAACGCCAUAUUUUGUGAGUAACAAACGUAUUUUGAGAAUUGCUUUCAGAGCUGUCUAAUGGAAACAAACAUGGUAGCUUUCUGGGCUAGAAAGGCGACUCGUCAAAUUCAUCGUCUUCUCUGACCAGACCUGACCUGGUUCAGCCUAAAUGCAAAUUAUUUCAGCUACAAUGGAUGCUUUACCAGCAUGGCCCAAGGGGAAGAAGCUGGUUCACCUGGAUCUGAAAGGAGCACCUCCUAGAAUUGAUUACCUGCACAAGCUGAUUGGUCUUUUUUCUGGUCUGGGUGCUGACGGUAUAUUGGUGGAGUAUGAAGACAUGUUCCCCUAUGAAGGCGAGCUGAAGGUGCUGCAAUCCACUCAGCAUUCACCAUACAGGUAAUGAUUCUCCUCUCUCUGCUGCAGUCGUGAGGAGGUCCUGUCCAUUCAGGAAGUGGCCAAGUCCCAAGGGUUAGAGGUCAUUCCUCUGGUGCAGACGUUUGGACACAUGGAGUUUGUGUUGAAGCACAAGUCGUUGUGGGGGCUGAGGGAGGUGGGCCACUGCCUGGGCACUCUGAACCCCCACAGAGAGGAGGGUGUGAGGCUGGUAGAGGAGAUGCUUCGCCAGGUGGUGGAGCUCCACCCAGGCAGCACCAGCCUGCACAUUGGAGCUGACGAGGUGUACUUGCUAGGUGAGGGAGAGGAGUCUAGAAGUUGGCUGAGCACACCUGGCCGUACAGUACAGCAGCUGUUCCUCAGUCAUGUGACCAGGGUAGCAAAGGGCGUCAGGGAGGCGUGGCCAAACCUCAACAUGAUCAUGUGGGACGACAUGUUGCGAGGGAUGGACCACGACACACUGAAAGGCAGUGGUUUAGUAGGAUUGGUCCAGUUGAUGCUGUGGGACUACAACCCCACCCUAGAUGUGAAAAACACGGUAUAUCUAUUGGAGAGGUACAGUGGUGCAGGGCUGUCAGAACUGUGGGCAGCCAGUGCCUUCAAAGGCUCUACUAAUGUCCACACCUGUGUGACCAGCACACAGAGACAUGUGGACAACCAUCUACAGUGGCUACAGGUGGCAGCAGCCCUGCCUGAAGGCAUACACAUGCUGGGCAUCGCCCUCACUGGCUGGCAGAGAUAUGACCACCUGUCUGUGCUGUGUGAGUUGCUGCCCCUAGCUCUGCCCUCCCUGGCCUCCAGUCUACAGACACUCACACAUGGCCAGUUCAGCCCGGAGGCUCAGAGCAGGGUGACAAAGACUUUGGGCAUCUCUUCUGUAGAGGUAGAAAUCAUGGCAAGCUCCACUACAGGUGACUCUGUGCUGUUUCCAGGGAGGAGGUUGGCAGAGCUGGUUGUGGAACUAACAGCAAUACUGCAGUCAGAAGAACUCCGCCAUUUUGAAGACAACAUGUUUGUGAGAGGCUGGUUCACUCCUUACCACAGACAGAGAAAGAUAGUCAGCCCACUUAUUGCUCAGCAGUUACAGAGUCAAGCCAUGACAUUGUUGGCUCUUGUGGAGCAGAGAGUGGCGAUGGUGAAGAAGGAGAUGGUGCGUCUGUACCCAGCCUCCACAGCUCAGGAGUGGGUAGAGCAGCAUGUCAGCCCCGUGGUGGCUCCCCUCCAGAGGGUCCUGGAGGACACCAGAGCCAGCCUACUAGAGAUGGUACCCCAGAACGUCUCAGCUUCUAUGGUUGGGCAGUAAGGUUUAGCCUAGGUCCAGAAAGCGAUCUAUCCUUGCAGACUUCAUACAGUGAGGUCCAAGAGGUAGUGAGAAAAUUAUUCCAUAAUUUUCAAAAAGCAACUUUUAUUUAAUUCUGUUUGUUAACAAAAAAAGCAAAAAUAAAUGUAUAAAAGUUUGUUUUUUUUAAGUAAAAAAAAAAAAAGACUAGGCAACCCAGUACCUGAAGUCAUCCAGCAACACACACUAACUGGACACAAAAUAUCUCAUGCAUUCUUUCUUUCAAGCAACAGAAGGCAUCUACACUCACCUUCCUCUUGCCAACAGAUGCAGUAACUUAGUUAAUACAGUCCAGAUACAAUGUAAUACAGUUUAUUUGUCAAACAUACAUAUUGUUAUUAACACAUUUGUCUAUGGACAGGAAUGUUACCUGAGACUGGUCUUUCGUUUUGUGUAUAUAAGGCCAGACGAAAUCUGUAGUUUACCCUAUGAAUAAUAAAUCAAUCAAAUGUA